UCAAAUCAGAACUACUGUACACUCAGUUUAGCAGAGAGGUUGGAUGUGUGGUAGUAAUGCAGGCAACCCACCCUUAAUGCGUGCGUCUCGACGACAGAUUCGGCCGAGGUGAGGCGGGUGUGCCAGUGUGUCUUCUCACCGCUCAGUGCUCCUCCCCGUCGUCCUCACUUCUACUCCCUUGUCGGGGAGAUAUAUCACGGUAGUACAAAAAUUUCCAGUCACAUUAUGUAAGACUUCAGAGGCGUCUCCGUAUGACUCACAACAUUUCCAAAAUUCUGUCUAUAUACAAAAAAAAAGAACUUUGCGUUGAUGGAACUGGUCCUUGUGGUGAUAGAAAAAGGAAGUGACAGUAAACAUUGCAUCGAUUAUUUUGUCAUCAACGUAACACUGGAGAAACAUGGAUGCUUAUGAAGAAUUUCUGAAGAAGAUACAAGAAGGGCUACAACGGACGGAAGAAGAUGCACAGAACGUAUUACCUGCGUCACAAUGCGGGGGAGCACAACCUUUGGCAGCUAGGGCAGGUUUUCAGCAGCAGCAGCAGCCACAAGUGCCACUGCCGGAGGUCCAACAGACACAGCGCCCUGCCUCACCUUCCUUCAAGGUCCUAUACGAAGACAUCUGCCAGCGCAUCCGCAGCUCCGGCACCCUCGACGACAUCAUGAGAGACUUUCAGGACUUAAACACAGAUUUAGAGAGGGUGAAGUAUGUCUCCCAGUUGACAGAGAUCAAGACAAUGAACCUGGAAGAAAAUUAUUCCAGAAAGAUUGAGGAAGAUGCCAGCAACUAUGAGAAGGUAUAUGAUAUGCUGAUUUCCAACGAGGCGUCUGCCAGCAAGGCUCUCGAGGUGAUGAGAAAAUGUGUGCAAAAGACCCCAGCCCAGGAUGUCACCACUCUCGCCGUCCGGUACAUGAAGAGAGGCUGGGCGUCGUUGCUCCUGGAACAGUUUGAAGACGCAAAAAUCGACGCUAAGAAAAGUUUGACGUUUAACUGUCCCGAAGAAUUAUUAUGGAAUUCUUUUGAGAUCCUCGGGUACUGUAGCGCCAGGGAGCACGACAACAAGGCAGCUGAGACUUACUUCCUCAAAUCAUUAGAGAAUCUCCGAAAAAGUAAUACUGUGAAUGAAGUUAAAGCAACUGUAACCGUAAGGAUCAUGACGGUGUUCAAAACAGUGAAAGCAAAGAAAAAUAAAAAAGGAUCGAAGACUCAGUUGGGGGAGGUGGAGGUAAAGGCUGUCGUACCUGAGGUGUCUUACGGCCCUCACAAGCGUUUCCCGAGUGCGUCGUCUGCCCUUGACUUCAUCAUUACGGAAGACAGAGGCCGUUGCACCAUAGCUAAGAAAGACAUUAAACCUGGCGACAUCUUGAUAGUGGACACUCCUUACUGUACGAUGAUGAACCCAGAGCACCUGAGCAGUCACUGCUACCAGUGCUACACCCGCUGCCACACACCAGUUCCCUGCAACUCUUGUGCUAAGGUGUCAUACUGCAGCGAGGGGUGCCGGGCGGCGUCCUGGUCUGGGCUUCACCACGUCGAGUGCUGCGUUCUCGACCACCUCAUUGACCCUGGGAUAGGCAAGAUGGCUUUACUGGCCUACAGGGUGAUAACAACGAUAAAAUGGCGGGCACUACUGAAGUGGCGACAGCAAAUUGAAACCUUGGUAGAGGGUGAGGUGGAGCAGGGUGAGGCAAGUGUUAGAGAGAAACAGCCAACAGAGGAGGCGGAGCAGGAGAAGCCCUUUUCAUGGGAGGGAAUGUACUCUUCCCGCGACUACAGGACUGUUCUACACUUAGCAAGUAACUCAACCAAAAGGACGUUUGGUGACAUGUUCAAGCGAACUAUCACUGCUGUGUACUUGGCUCAGUGCCUGAGAGUCGCUGGUUAUUUUGGCGAGGACGACGUGAACGAGGAAGAUAUGAUGUUUGUGGCAAGUCUGCUGCUCAGGCAUAUACAGGGAGCUUCUUGCAAUGCUUACGAAAUUAGCGAGUUUGAUGUUAGUCCUGAGGGCGUGGUGGGCGCCAAGGUGCUGGAAGUGGGAGGAGCUCUAUACACCACUAUCUCCCUCACAAACCACUCUUGUGUUGCCAAUGCUUCGCGUUACAGCAUCAGUGAUCAGUGUGUGCUGAGGGCCACAAGGUCUAUCCCCCGUGGGAAUGAGAUUCUCGAUAACUAUGGUUUUCACUUCUACACAGCCACUGUCAAUGAACGUCAAGAAGCCCUUCUUAACCAAUAUAAAUUUAAAUGUCUGUGUGAGGCGUGCAGAUUAGUGUGGCCAUUGUAUCCUCACCACCCAGCAGAGACACUGAUCUUCAGGUGCCCAGCGCCCUCCUGCGGUGGCUCCUGCUGUUAUUCCACCAGUAGUCGUUCCAGGUGCAACAUGUGUGGUAACCAACAACAGUAUUCCAAACUCUUACAAGAACUAGAAGUACAGUUAAACAACUACAAAAAUGCCUUGAACAAGUUGAGGAAAGGUAACAUAUCAGCUGCCCUGCCGGCAUUGUUGGUUCACCAAGCCUUCCUGGACCGCCACACAGUGGAGCCUGUCAAGCACUACACGGACUGCCAGGAGGCAACUAAACAGUGCUAUAACUAUCUCGGAAAUAUUCACCUGCCUCGCAAGACAGCCGCCCUGGCCCAACCACAGCAACGCUCCCCACUCAAGUUGAAGGCGCCAAAGAAAGUAGUUAUGCAAUAAUAAUCCAUGGCAGUUGUUCGUUCGUUUCUUUAAUUGUUUUAAGAAAUUAUGGUGGAGGUUUAAGGAGCUACUUGUGCAGCUAUAAUGCAGUAUAUAUUAUGCAAGGUUAUAAAUGUGUAGGGCAAAACACAAAUUAUGCUUAGAAUGUGUUACCGCACAUUAGGGUGGUAUUUCCAGCUUGUGCUACAGAUCUGAACGUUCGGUAAAACACUGUCGGGUAUACGGCAUACCCUCAGUACCUUCUUGUAAAUGUAUAUGCUUUGUGAGGUCUCUGAAUCUCUGGGUUCAUGAAGAGGCAGGUGAGGUGACAGGACUUUUGUUGGCGAAUGUGCAUCAUGCCAAAAUGGGUGUGAAAAUUUGGAAAUUUGGGGUAAUUCAACAAAAACCAUAAUUUCGGCAAGGCCAGAGGACCUAGUGUAAAAUUUUUAAAGGAUUUGAUGUACUUGUACUCCCUUAUGUGUAGCAGUAUCCUUCAGGCUAAUGUACAGAAGCUAAAACAACUAUCUGUGCAUACUUUGUGGGAAGCAAUAUGAGACCAUGGACGAUAAAUAUUGGUACAGGUUGUACCUCUCUAGUCCGGCAUUCUGUGGUACGGAAACUCCCGUGGUCUGGAAUGAUUUUAGUUUGCCCAAUAGCCAAUAUCCCUGAUGUACCUCAAAUGUAAUUUUAGUUACAGUACCAUCACUUCACUUUGGAAGCAAAAUUAUGGUAGCAUUAAAGGUAAAUGAAAUAGUAUUUUAAUCGUAUUACUUUUUCUUAUUUAUUUAUUUCCUAUCUAAUGUUUUUCUGCUUUAUGUAGGGUGUUUCGAGGGUGAAUUUCCAUGGUCCGGCACCGGUCAGGUCCCGAGGUUGCCGGACUAGAGAGGUACAACCUGUAUAUGAGGGCUGUCACUAGUCACACGUAAAAUUUCGGAGCAUAUCGACCCCCACCUGCACAGAUAGUUGUUUUAGCUACUGUACCUCAGUUAUAAGUUUUAUUAUUGAUAAGGAAAAUUAAUAGUAUAGUUUUCAGUUUUAUUUGUUAUUUUUAAUUUCUUUUUAAGAUGCAACAACAACUGUACAAGGUAAAAUAUACAGGAUUUUACAAAAUUCUGCAAACAUGUGAGAACAGUUAGGAGAGACAACACAAAUUUUAUUAGAGAAAAAAACUUGACUUAACAGUGUGGAUUAGUUUUGAUAACACUCCAGUGAGUAAUGUUACUGUGGUACGGUAUUUAUUUUCAUUGAAACCAGCAGAUGAGGGCAUUACAUGCCUAGGUUUGUAACAGUACAUCUACUGACACUGCUAUUAAAUCAUUUUUGUGUGUGCUGUAUAUCUUCAGUAAUUAUCAUCAAAGUUAAGUCAACUGAUUCUCCAUUCAGUACCCAACACUCACAAUCCAUCAAUAUCCCAAGAUAGGAUAUGAGAAAGCAUUUUCACAUUAACAGAAGUUACACACAUAAACAUACACCACCUUAACAAACAGGAGGAAGGUUACAGAUCAUUUUUACACUGGUAAACAAAUUACCAAGAUUGAGGUUUUGUCAUGUAAUGGAAUAAAGGCAGAAUGCUCAUUAA